AGAGGUAAGAGAAAAAAAAAAUUCCAAGCCAUCCAGGGCUUGAGGCCCGAGGGUGAGGGGGUCUAAUCCAUUUCAUUCUAACUGGUGAAGAGGGGAGGACAACUUCUGCAUAGAAUACCAGUCAGUCCAGCAAUCUCUGGCUCAAUGCCCUCAGCAGUCACCUCCACUCUGCUUCUCUCUUCAAACCUCAGAUCCCUCUCUAAACCAAGCUUUUGCAUUGCACCUUCAACAUGCCCAAAAAGCUUCCACAGUCUCACUUCUCCGCUGCUAAAGCCUCUCAUCUUGAAAUGCAGCAGUAACUCGGAGGAGAAAGAAACAAGCAACGACUUGAAGGAUGCCCUUUCUGGUAUUGUUGGCAAGCAGGUUGAGGAGCUCUUGAACAGAGAAGAGAAUAAGGGCUUGCUUGAUGGAUUGGAGAAGGCCUCUCAGCGAGUAGAGAUGGCUAAGAGACAACUUGUGGAGAUUGAAAAGCAAGAACUUGAAGCUCAAUUAUUGGGAAAUUACAUUAACCAACUAGAAGCCAGGGCGUCUGAGAUUGCAGAGUGUCAGCAGGAGAUCUCACAAGCACGAGCCAUGGUUGAAGAAGCAGAACUCUCUCUUUCACUUAAUGCAGAUAAUGUAGAAGAUAGAGAUGCUUUCAGGAGCAAAGAUGGUGAAGGAAUUGAUAAUGAUAAAGAGAGAUUGGAGUCCAUAAAAGCAGCUUUGAUAUCUGCAGUUGUUGGCACCCUUGCUGGGCUGCCCAUCUCCUUGACCCAAGUUUCAAGCCGUACUCAGCUGCCGCUCCCUUUAUCAGCCACUUUUAUCAGCUGUGCAUUGUUUGGGGUAACCUUUCGAUAUGCAGUUAGGAGAGAUUUGGACAAUUUCCAGCUAAAGACCGGGACAUCUGCAGCUUUUGGUUUUGUGAAAGGUCUUGGUACAUUGGUUGGAGGGUCACCUCUGGAACUGGACCCUGGAAGCUUCUUGUCGUAUGCUUUUGAUGGUGCAGUGUAUGUGUCUCAGAAUCUUAUCAUCUUUUUAUUUGCUGCUGUUGGCUUGGAUUUGUGCUUUAAAAUGAGAAUUUUAAGUCCUUUUCCCAUGAAAAGAUCAGCCCCAAAUACAAAUACAAGGGUUUGAUGCAGUCUUAGUUCUUCAUCGUCACUGGACAAAGUGCAACCAGGAUAUACUCUUUUAAAGAUCGUUAUCUUAAUUUAAUGUACUUGUAGUAAACUGCUUAACAUAGUGGGUGCUAAAGCGUAUGGUAAACCGGAUCAACAGUUAUGUAAUUGGUUUAAAAUUCAGCCACUCUUGAGAAAGAUCAAUUCAAAAUCGUUCAAUUUAAAUUGAUUUGGUAGUGCCUUCAAAAUUCA